AUGAAGUUCUUCGUCGCAAUCAUGGCACUUGCCUUCAUCGCUGCCUCUGAGGCGUCUUACCUGCCGUACGAUGAUGUCCUUUCGUACUCCGGAUAUGGCACGGGACUCCCACUGUCCAAGGUGAUCGUUGGCUCGUCGUACGAUCUUCCAGCGGUCGUGGACAAGUACUCCUAUCCCUCGUGGUAUGGUUCCUAUCCUGCAGUGAAGAAAGUGGUCGAAUACCCAUCGGUUGCUCCGGUGCUGGCCACGAAGGUCGUCGAUAACAGCUACGGACUGGGAUACAACAAGCUCGUCGCUCCUGUUGUGGCCACUAAGGUCGUUGAUAACAGCUAUGGCCUGGGAUACAACAAGCUCGUCGCUCCGGUCCUUUCGCAUGGCUACGGUCUAGGAUAUAACAAGCUCGUCGCCCCGGUUGUCGCCUCCAAAGUCGUCGAUGACAGUCUGUUGAGCUACGGCGGAUACGGACUGGGAUACAACAAGUAUCUUUCGUCCGCUCCAGUUGCCAAAUACGUGCUUUAA